AUGUCAUCCACCACCAAGAAACAAAAUACGCUUAUAAAUCGUGGAUCCACCGAAUCAGCUCCGUUGUCACGCACUAUCUUCGUCCUCGCCCGCGCCCUAGAUCUGCCACUCCAAUAUGCUAUUCUUUCUUCUCGUUCUUUGACCGCGCCUUUGAUUCACGCUCUAGGCGGAACAGCUAUCCUACCUACUGGACGCCCGCUCUUCCUCAUGGGUACCAACACCGGCUUGUCUCCCCAACGCGCCAUUCUAUUCGGCAUGGCCCUAGGCUCGUUCGUCAAGCAAAGUCACUGGAUCAACACGAUCUUAUUCACCAAUACAGCCACUUCAGUCUUGGCCUAUCCCACUGUCAACGGAGAUGAGACGGUAUUACCCGUCCCCACCAUCUUUGGUCUUGGUUUCUAUGCACUCGGAAUGGUCUUGGAGUGGGGUUCUGAAAUUCAAAGGUUACGAUUCAAGAAAAAUCCAAGGAACAAAGGUCGUGUGUAUACCAAAGGCCUUUUCGGAUUAGCCAGACAUAUAAACUACGGCGGAUACGUUCUUUGGAGGACAGGAUUCGCUAUGGCUGCUGCUGGAUGGACUUGGGGGUUGGUCACUGGAGCGUUUUAUACGUAUAAUUUUUUGACGGAUGGGAUACCGGAGCUAGAUGGGUAUUGUAAAAAGAGGUAUACCGAGGAAUGGAGCCAGUAUAAAAGAGAUGUUCCGUAUAAGCUGUUUCCUUUCAUUCUCUAA